AUGCCCGUCACUGCGCCACUGGCGGCGCAGUGCCCCCUGGCGGACUCGCGUCGCAGUGAGUUGCGUAACAAAAGCACACUCGCAUUCUAACGCUGCGCUGAAAACUUUCUCCCGGCGCGUCCGGAAUGGGAAAUCGGAAAACGAUAUAAAACUUUCCCGCGGUGCGCGUUAACGAAGCUUAUAUAAAUAAAAAAAAUAGCAAAAUUCAAAGACUCGCUGCAUCUGGCUUUUCUUUGUUGGUUUAUCCAGUUUCCGGAGUUUAUUGUGGCGAAAAACGACCGUAUACAGUUUUCGCCGGUAGCGCAAAUCUCAGUGUGGACGUUGUAAAGUGCUGUGUUAAUUAAUAAACUAAAUACAGUUUUAUUUUGCUUGUUAUCGAGUGGUGAACGGUGGGAGUACGCUGCUGGUGGUGGGAAUCGAUACUGCGGAGGGAGCGGCGAAGUGACCUUUAGCACGAUGUGGCGGAGCGGACAAGCAAUGCGGGCGGGUUGAUCAUCGCUCCACAUGCCGACAACACUCUGCAGUCAGCAGAAAGAUGUCCUAAUAUGGGUUGGUCAUGCGUGGUGGCACGCGCCGUGGCCUUCAUCCUCAUGGUUACCGGGGUGUCAGCGCUGACAUCCGACAUCUUCGCAGCGGGAAAGUCAGACAAAGAGAUACUGGAUAACCUACUGAAAAAUUCUCGCUAUGACAAAAGACUGCUGCCACCGGUAGAUGGUGUACUCACCGUUAAUGUUAGCGUGCUACUUCUUAGUUUAGCAUCUCCUGACGAAUCUAGUCUAAAAUACGAAGUGGAGUUUCUUCUUCAACAACAGUGGUACGAUCCUCGGCUUCGGUAUUCCAACCAGUCACACUACGACUUCUUGAACGCCAUCCAUCACCACGAGGAUAUCUGGCUACCCGACACUUACUUCAUCAUGCACGGUGACUUCAAGGACCCAAUAAUACCAAUGCACUUUGCAUUGCGUAUCUACCGUAACGGAACCAUCAACUACUUGAUGCGUCGGCAUCUCAUCCUCUCCUGCCAGGGAAGGCUCAACAUCUUUCCUUUUGAUGACCCAUUGUGUUCAUUUGCCUUAGAAAGUAUAUCUUACGAGCAAUCAGCCAUCACAUAUGUAUGGAAAAACGAUGAAGACACACUUAGAAAAUCGCCAUCGCUGACGACGCUGAAUGCCUACCUCAUCCAGAACCAAACCAUUCCCUGUCCCAUCAAGGCUAGUUGGAGAGGUAAUUACAGCUGCCUCAGGGUGGAUCUUAUCUUCACGCGGGAUAGAUCAUUUUACUUCACCACAGUUUUCAUUCCGGGCAUCAUUUUGGUGACAUCAUCGUUUAUAACAUUUUGGCUGGAAUGGAAUGCCGUGCCUGCUAGAGUAAUGAUAGGUGUAACGACAAUGUUGAAUUUUUUCACAACGUCGAACGGAUUCCGAUCGACUUUGCCGGUCGUUUCGAAUCUGACUGCUAUGAAUGUUUGGGACGGUGUGUGCAUGUGCUUCAUCUACGCCUCGCUGUUGGAGUUCGUGUGCGUCAACUACGUCGGCAGAAAGAGGCCUUUACACAAUGUCGUGUACAGGCCUGGAGAAAAUCCAGUCACACAGGAGGCGAUGGCAUUCCUCAAUUGGGCAAAAUCUGAAAGCCCCCAACCGGAAACUAGCGGUGCUGUAAGUGAUGUCACUGAACAAACGUCAUUGAGCCUGCCACAUGUUACUUCAUUGACCCGAUUAUCACGAAAACUAACGCAUCAUUUAUUUUAUUUAACGCUGCUUCGGAUUGCAACAGCCUGGUGACAAGAAACGGGAAUCAACUGGUGCUGCAGAUUUGGUUACUUGUGCGACGUGCACGGGCCCUCCUGGGUCGUGUACCCACACUACCAACAACGGAGGAGUAUCGGAGCCAUGUUUCGUCCAGGUUCGCAAAAAAGAACCGCCGCACCCGAUCCGAGUGGCGAAGACCAUCGACGUCAUCGCCCGCAUCACAUUCCCCACUGCCUACGCCGUUUUUCUAAUCUUCUUCUUCAUCCACUACAAAGCGUUCUCUUAAUGGUGCCUCCACUUCUGCUGCUUGUGUGAACAAACUGUAUUUAUUAAUAAGAUUCCUAUUAACAUAAAGCACUGGAGUCCGACGACGUCCGUCGAUAUUCGAACGGAUUGUGAUUGUAACCUCUAUAGUGAUAAUGUUAAAAGACUUAUUUUGAAAAGCCAGCGAACGUUGCUUAUUUGCCGCUUAUCGCAAUGACGAAAAUUUUGGCGAGUAACGAUAGCUUUAUUAUGAAAACGGUGAGUAACGAAAUUCUACGGGUUUUGAAAUAGUUUUCCAUCGAAUUCAGUUAAGUAUGCGUGUCUAUUUAUAAUAAAGUACAUUGUGUAAUUUUAUAUUAUUUUCGUGUACACUAAACUUAUGAUAUAUAUAGGGCAAAGCGGGAUCAAUAACAUAAUUGUAUGAAAUAUCUUGUAUCGUUGUUAUUAGAUCAGAUGAACGUAUCGAAAGUAAGGAAAGGGUGGCAUUAGAAAAUUUACGUUUACGUUUUAAAAUUAUGAAAUUUCCAUUAGGUAUUCUAAAAAUGAAGAAAUCUAUUUCAAAACUAGUUACAGUCCAAAACUUACUUUGUCGCUUUAAAUUUUAUUAUUUUUUUGCUAGGGUAUAUAAGAUAGUAAAAGACAAUUAAACUGUUAUAUUUACCUAGAUAUUAUUAGAUUGAAUCAUCUCGAUUAUUAAUUUAAUCAUAUACACCCACGUAAGUUGUGAUAAUAUUAAUAAUGUUUUGAAAGUUGCUUUAUACAUAGGAGUGAGUUAUAAAUGAGCAAUUGUUUACUGUUAUUGUUUUGAUUGUGUUAUUGCAUAAGUUCAGUUUUAUGUUCAGAACAGUCAACAGCGCAUCAGGUUAUGCGAAACUGUCCAAAGGUCACAACUGAUAUUCAACCUUAAAUGUGUAUAAUUAGAUCAAUAUCUACUUUGAAUAUUUGAAAUUUUGAUGAGCUGUUUACUGUACCUAAGAUAGAGAAGUCAUUAGAUGUAGUUGCAUAAAGUAGACGAAGCUCAAGAAGUUACUAUCUUAAAAUAAAAUAUAAAUUAAAAUAGUGAUGAUAAUUGAAUAUUCACUUGUAAUUUUGAUCCUACAUGUUUACUAGACCAUUAAUUAUAUAUUUGUUUUUUAUAUCGUACCAUGAACAUGCCUUCUACAUUCAAAAAGUUAUUUUUGCCUGAUUGCACUUGUAAAUAUUGUUAUACUUAGCAAUUUUGCCUAUUCGUAUUAAUUAUUAUUGUAUGACGGUAAUGUUAACAAUAAGUAGUUACAUUAUUUUUUGGCAUUAUGCCGCCAGAAAAGAUAGCUUGAGUAAAAAGCAGACAUCGGAAACACAUAUUAUCUCUUCCAACAAUUACAACAUUUAGCAAAGGUUCGGUAAACUGAAAUAUUUAUAUUUGAAUGUCAAUAGUGAAACCUAUAAAGUUUCAGAUUAAUAUAAAUAACAUUGGGUUGUCAAUAAUCAAUUACCAACAUACUUUUAAAAUCAUCACCUUAUGGAUCUCACUUUUUACAUUUACAUCCACAUUAAAAAUAAGAAGUUCGCCACUUAGAAUAAUAUAAUAAACCAGGAAUAAACUGAGCCCAAGAAAAUAAAUAUAAUGUUUCCAUACAAAGAAUUAGUCGUAGAGUUGACUACCUAUCCAUACUUUAAGUUUGGUCAAUUUUCUACCACGAUUAUUUGAAUGUUAAACUAACGAACAUGCGUGACAUUAAAAAUGUAUCCUCUAUAAAUAAAUAAAGUAAUUUAAUCGUAAAGUAAAAUCAGUUCAAUUGAAUUAUAUAGGUACCCAUCAAUACAUGCCUUUCGCUUGUUAAACGUGGACCAAAGAGUCAACUGUUUUGGAAUAUAGAUUUUAUAUCUUAUUGUAUUUAAACCAUUAUUUGUAAGAAAAAAAAACGCAUUUUGGCUGUGCUUUGAAUUCAAAUAAUGAUUAAUAUAGUUAUUUCACGUCUAAAUUACAGUUUGUAUUGGAAAUCGGAUGUUUUAUAUUCGAAUUUUAGUGGAGUAUAAUAUGAAGAGGCAUGCCUAUAGGUGCUUUUGAAAUCGUAUUAAUAAAUACAUACAUAGGAGCAUGGCAAUAUAUAAUUCAGUCAUUAGUAAUUUUGACUGCUGUAAGCAAUGAUAUUACAUCGUAUGGCAUGACAAAUAGAUAUAAUACUAACUUAGCCGAGUAUAAAAUUGUUUUGUGAACAUACUCAAAUUCACCUGUAAAUCAGUAAAAUUUGCAUUUAGGAUAAAACUUUUUGUCAACCAGAACAAUAGCUGGAUGAAGUUGCAGUAUAUCAUUACAUUGGAUUUUAAGUUUGCUUGAGGUUGAUCCCAUAAUAGAAGUUAAUUAGGUAUUAUUUUACCCAGGGUCACCUAGGUCGUUCAAAUCUUGAAAAUUCAAAAAAAUUCAAAAAUCUUUGAUGCGUGGACAAUCCAGAGUUACUUAUACGUCAGUAUAAGUGAUUCCCGAUUGUGCCCAGUUUUAUGUUAUUAUUAUAAUUUGAUUAACGAUCAAUAUUGAAAUAUGUAGGUUUCUAUAUUUUUUGUUACCUACCUUAGUCGUCUACAUAAAAUAUCAAUAACAUUGGUAUUUAAAACUUUGAUUGCCUGCCAUUAUUCAAACUAUUGUUGUAAUUACUUAUGUGUAUAAAAAUUUAGUAUUCGUGUUUGUAAUUUUAAAUUUUAUUACAUGUUAUAAUUUGAGUGGAUCAUUCCCAAAAAAUUAAAUAUGGGCAUAAGAUGAUACUAUUUUCAAUUCGCCUCGUUUUUAUACUAUAUAUAUUUAAAGUUUAAGAAAAUAAUUACAUAUCAUUCGCUUUAUAAGACAGUCUUAUAUAUUUAAAAUGCUAUACGACCUGUUUAAGCAAAGCUUUAUAUUAUAUGAAUAGUAUAUAUUAUAUGCUGCGUUUAAAGUGGAAAGUGAGAUUUAUUGUUAAUAGAGUUAUUUAUCAGCGACCUCGAGAGGUGAUUUUAGUUGAUAUCCUAAAACAAAAUGUUUAUUGUUUAUCUUGAGAGACCGCUAAAGCCUUCCUCCAUACACAAACUAAUCACAAAGUCACUCAAACUGCUUGAGGUAAUAAGAAUAAUAUAAGAAAAGAAAAAUUUCGGACAAACGAUAGAGGUAACAGUUUCAAAAAUUUUAAGUGGGUAUCACCUAAUGUGAAAAAAAAAUACGAUUUCAUUAUAGAUAUUAACGGGAUUGUUACCAUGUACCUUGUUUUUUAUGAGUCUCCGAUAUUUCGGCACUGUUGCAAGCGCCAUGAUCACGGAGUAACUGAAGUAAUUGCUGGUAGAUGUUAUUGGCAGACAUAUCGGUCUACCCUCUGACGUCGUCUUUUACUGCGUUCGAUACUACCACUACCAUUGGUCACAUUCUCACUAUUCACUCGCAUUUGUUCCCGGCACACAAUACUCACAGUAUCAGAUCGCGGAACGACACUUUUUUGAUUUUUGCGGUUUUUACACAUACGAACCACUGGAUUCCACACACUAGACAAUUUAAACCCAUCCUCACGAUUGAAAUUCUUGUGUUUGGUUAUUUCAAUCGCUCCCCUGACCAAUCUUGGUAUGUAGUGGCGUUCUGUCGAGAUAAUUUGUGGAUUAUGGAGCUCAAUCCAGUGAUUAGGACCCGAAUCAAUUCGCUUAGUUCAGCCAUCGCAAACAUUUAAUUGAUUCGGGUCCUAAUCACUCCGUGAUCAUGGCGCUUGCAACAGUGCCGAAAUAUCGGAGACUCAUAAAAAACAAGGUACAUGGUAACAAUCCCGUUAAUAUCUAUAAUGUUAGUGACCAUGAAAGUUUAAAACAAUAAAUACGAUUUCUUUCAGUAAAUACUGACAUAUCCGUUCGUCUAUGUGUCAGCGAGCUGUAAGAUCUUAUUCAUUAUUUUAUUUUGCAAAUAUCCUAAAUAAGACAUCUUGUACUUGUCUGACUCACUAGGUUUAUUUGUUAACAAGGUACCUACUAAACAAAUUGUAAUUUUAAGAAUUAAACUGCUAGAUAUAGAUCUUAAGAAAAAUUGUAUACUUACUAGAAAAACUCACUUGACCAUCCUGUCUGAUACCUGGAUAUACCGAAGACAAAAGAAAAUAAUAAUUUCCAUUAAAAUUUUCUUUUGCCUUAUUUGUCACUUAAAUUAUGACCUUCUGCAAAUCAAUUAUCAGUUAAAAUCACCUCCUUGAAGAAUGCCUUCAACACUGCUUUACCUACAAAAAAUGUUAUUGAUAUAAUAAAUAUAAUCUGGUAUGUCGGCGCAAGCACGUAUGAUUCGUGAGGGAAAAGAUUUUAAUUUUCAGCAGUUAUGCGUACAGAAAACUGCGUCAACAUACCUAUUCUUUUAUGUCUAUACACAUAUACUUAUUUUUGGCGUUCAUUCGAAUUCACUCAUAUAUAUUUGUAGCAUUCACAAUGCUCAAUUGAAUUGUUGAUUUUGUUUGUAAAUAAAUACAAUUUAAGAUAUACUCUAAUGCUGAUUAUUUUAUAGUGGCUGAUUCCUUCUUAUCGCAAAAUAUCAGUAUUUUAUUAAAGUGACUGACCUGCACUUGUGAAAUAAACUCUAAACUGUAGGUAUAUCGUUGAACCGUUAUAACAAAUUGACUUGCCUUAUUUAUUACGUUCCUAACAUAAAUUUCCUUUAUCGAAUUUUCCUUUAAUGAAAUAAUAAUUUUAAAGUUUUGUAAAAUAGAAACACAAUCAGGAAAAAAACAUAAAAAAAUCUUUUAGUAUAUUAUGAAUAGGCUUUGUUCUAUCUUAACACGUGAACAUUUGUAUAAAAUAUCCAGAAGAAAUAAUAUUUUUUAAUAAACUUACAGUAUCAUUGGAAUAUUCAUUCGCCAUUACGUACCUACACGUGACUGAUUUUGGAGAAUCCUAAAUGAGCAUAUUUUUGUAAUAUUAUCUUUCUCUUUUUUUUAAUUUACAAGUACAUGAUAUCUUUGACACCUUGAACCUACGCGUAGUUUUCCUAUAAAUACUUAUAAUGAAACAAAUGCUUCGCCCAUAACGAGAGUAGGCUGGUUGAGCCGCUUAUAUGAUAUUAUGAAGUUAAAGUAUUUAAUAAGGAUUUAUUUAAAUACUUAGGUAUUUUAAAUGUGUAUAUACCGUGCUGUACCAUUAAACAAUAAAACGAGUAGGUAGUGUUAUUCGUCAAUAGAUAGCAUAAUGCUAUUUUUCGCAUGUAGCCUUCUAUUUUAAACAAAUACUAGUUAAAUCAAAAACUCACUGUAUUGUAAAUAUAGAUUUUUAUUUCUUUUCCUUUUAAUUCUUUCUUAAAUUUUUAUAGUAUAAAAAUCGGGUUCCAAAUAAACUUCUGAAAACAUCAACCUAUAAAACGAGAUAUGUGUGAAUCUUAUAUCUCCUGUUUCUAAUUAAGUUUAUAAGUUGCUAUAAUAACACCGUAUUAUAGUAUUUUUUUAAGUAGGUAACUUAAAAUGUAUAAUAAUUAAAAGUUACUAUGCACGAAAAGACAUUAGUGAGAUAAAAAUUAAAUUACGAUGAUAAUCCAAUACAAAAGUCUUUUUAAAAAUGGAUAAUGUUUGACCACAUUUUAAUGUAGGUACCUGUACUUAGGUUUCAUUUUUUUUAACAUCGUUUUGAUGCAUUUUGCAUGAAAUUCGUUUUGGUCAUUUUAGAAUGAUACUAGAACAGAUAAUUGUAAAAUAUGAUUUGAAGAGACUGGCAUAGUGUGGCUAAAUAUUUGCAUACUAAUACUUCUAUCUAGUUUAAUAAAUAUACCUACCCGCUAUUUAUAUCUGCAGACAAUACACAUUAUGUGAAAUAUAACAUAAAUUUUCUGUUAGAUACCAAAGAUGUAAACGUUGUAAAUAUAUUCUUGUCCUUAACUUUCAUUUUUUAAAUUCUUUAAGUAUAUUAUUCCGGCACUUCACAUGGUUGUUCUGAUUUGUUUUUUUUUUAAACUUGACUACAGUCUCUCCUUUUCACUUUCUAAAGAGUAUGAUAAGGACAACUUGGUGUCAAAAUGACAAAUAGCAAAUACUAAUGGGCAUGUGAACUGCCCCGGCAAUAUGAAAAUGUUAUGCAAACCUGACGUAUUGAAGUUAUCUCCUUACAUAACGUUAUUAGAUUCAGAAAAUUCGUCCAAAAAUCUUAUGAAACUACAAGUAUCUAUCACAGCAAAAGCUUCAGAUGAUUUUACUUCCCUUAGAAUUAAUUUUGCCGUCUACACGCGACGCGGUGUCUGCGCUAUUAUAUUAAUGUACACUAUUGCGUGCGUCCAAAUCAAGCGAAAAAUGCCGCCCACCACAGUGCGUGCGCACAUUUUGUGCGUCCGUCUGGCGUGAAUCUCGCAAUAUCAAAAAUCCUUGCAUUAGCGUUGGAGCACUUGAUGCGUUGCGACGCCCCGCACCGCAAAGAUUUCGCAGUAUCGGCCGGCGUGCCCUUACGUUUGUAAGCUGCACCCAUGCAAAUCAGGCGUCGCGAUUCUAUUUUUAAGAAUAUAGACUAGUACAUGUAGAAGGAAUACUUUUUGCAUGCUCUAAGAGUGGUUCAAGAGACAAACCGCCUAAUUACAAAACGUUAUAUAAAGUUAAAUCAUAAUAUUUGUAAAGUAAAUACAACACAGAGACAGUAUAAGGUUUAAACAAGUGUUACGACAUCGCUCGAAUUACCAAUUAGACCUAUUUAUUUCCAAUUUGACAAUUUACCAACAUCAGGCUUGAGCAAUGUCGUAACACUAGUUUAAACCAAGACUGACUUAAGUCCGAGUUUUGCAGUAAAGACGACGUAGUGGAUGGUGGUGGCGUAUAAAGUGAACAAAACUGCAAAACAUAUUACAAUAACUUUUAAUAAAAAGCAUAAUUUUAUGCACGAACUUCAAAUACAAUUUCUUUCAUAGAUGAUAAUGUCGAAAUUCGUGGUCGAUUAAUUCUGUUCUGAAUGAAUUUCUGUGUGCAUUCGAAUGGGGUUUUGUUAGUGAUUGGUUGGUGUUGGGAAAACACACAAAAAGGUCACAAUUCGACUUAGGAGGUGGGGCGCUGCAGCCGGGUUCUAAAGUUUUUUUUUUAUAUUUUUAUAGAUCAUGAAAACGUCUAUCGGGCCCGCUUAAAUCCUAUAAUAUCUAUGAGGCCACUAGUUCCUUUAAAAGGAUGGCAAACAAGCUUAUGGCCCGCUUGAUGGCAAACGGUCACCAUAGCUCAUAGACGAUUGCGACAAAAAUAUCACACGCACCGUUGCCUACCCUGGCCCAAUCCCCUACCCUACCCCUUGAAGCCCUGAAACCUUACUUACCGACAAACACAACACCACCAAAACAUUUACUUUACUGUGAUCUUCUGUGAGGGAGAGGUUAUUUCCGCAGACGGGCGCUCCAAUUCUAAUGAAAUAUCUGCUGUGCCCUAUCUCUCUUACAUAUCUUAUAUUUAAAAUUCUCUUGUCACGGUGUGCGUAAUUGAACUCCUCCAAAACGGCACGACCGAUUUUCGUGAAAUUUUAUAUGCAUAUUUAGUAGGUUUGAGAACAUCUAUUUUUCAUACCCCUAAAUGUUAAGGGGGGUUAAUCCCCCACCAUCACUUCUUGGACUAUUUUUUUGUUUUUAUUUUUUUAUGAUACAUCAUACAAAAAUACAUACGACCCUAAAUUUUCACCCUUCUACCACCCAUAUUUUAAUGGCGAUACGAAGUUCGCUGGCUCAGCUAGUAAGGAUAUAAAAUCAAUUGCUAUAUUUAUGCCAGAUGAAGUAUCUAUCACUUGAACGAGUCGAUCGAUAUGGCUGAUUGUUAAAGUUCUAGUAGUUGUAGUGUUGAUUAUUUUCAGAACAAGGUUAGUAAGAAGUUGAAUAUUUUUGAAAAAUUCACCAGAACACCUCCGAAAAUUGGGAAAUUCUGUUUUUGUACUGAAAUCUCAACAUUGCCCACACUAGCAAUUAGCAUUCGUGCGUAUCAAAGGCUGGUCGCUGGUACCAAUAUUAUUAUUACUAGUAAUUAUUAUUGGUGAUAUCAAAGAUGAUAAACGAUAUUAGGUUUUUAAUAUUAUUUAUUAAUAAUUGUGAUUAAAGUUCGCGUAUAUGUUCUAAUGUCAAAUUAAAAGGUAUCGUGUUGCGUGUUCAAGUUAAACAAUUAACCUCCUGUUUGCUUCUGUACUUAACUGUAAAAUUUUUAAAUUGCUUAUCAGUCCUGUGGUAACUAUAAUAGUAUUCGGUACCUGUGGUCGGUCAAAAUUUUAGGCAAGUUAAUUUAAAAACUUUAUGAAGCAAUUAAGUAGUUGAUAAAGUACAUCACUAGGUAAGUACGUUUACAUUAAAUAUUUUUUUAGAAAACAUUACUAAGUCCGUCAUGAUAUUAUCUAAUAAAAAGCUAACCUAGUAUGUAUAGCUACAUAUUAUUGUAAAGUAAAAUUAAUCUAGAUAAAUAGCUUUGAUUACAAAUAGAAUGAAACAAUUUAAAUAGUACAUUGCAUUUUAUUGGUUUAGCGUCACACGCAGCAUUCGUUUUUGUUAAUUAACCAUAGCCACAAUUUACUUACCACCAACUUCUAUAUAUAAACAAACUAUAAAUUCGCAUGAAUGUCCGGUGAUUUAACAAGUCCCUAUGUGAAUACAAAUAAUAUGUACAGGUACCCGUGAAAUUUUAUUCUUCAUAAUAACUUUUACGAAGAGAUAGUGUAAAAUUAAAAGUUUUGCGCUGUGGUAUUGCUGUUGGUUAUCCACAAUCGUUAAUAUCUAAGAUCCCGCUAAAAUGCAAUAUUCACACUACAUAUAUUUAAUAUGUAAUAUAUCCUGAACAGGUGGAAGAAAAAAUAUCAAGGACGAUUCAAAAGAGAUUUUAAUAAGUCAACUUGAAUAAAGUUUAUAUGUAAUUUCCAAUAUUAGACUUUUAUUUUGACAUAAUCAUGUUCUCUUGAUUUACUUAAACGUAUAUUUCACUAAGACAAAAUAUUAAAUCAUGACCGAAUGUGGUAGGAAUCGCAAAUAUUCUGGAUAUUCAUCCAAUAGCUCAUUGAAUACUCAGAAUGAAUUAGAAUAGCUGAAAUAUUUUUAAGAUUGCGCUUUAAUGUGCACACUGAUAUCAAGAUGCUACUUAGUUAAGAAGUUACAUAUUUGCAACCAUUAAUUUAGUGUUUUGUACUUAUAGGUACUUUAAUUUUAAUACCCAGACACGCAUCGCCUUUGUAAAUAUAAAUUGUCAGCGAUGACCGCCCGUUCAUAUUUAUACUUUUAGGUAGUGGCAUUGUAAAUAAUUUUAUUGUAAAAUUUAUGAAUUACAAUUUUCAUUGAAUAAAACAC